AUGAAGUCGACGGUGUGGCUCUCUUUGUUGAUUUUACUGAGGAGUGCGACUGCCAAUCCACUGGUGGGUCUCAUAGAUCCCGCCUGCCAAGUCGUUCGUGGAGAAUGUCCCAAUAAAAAUGUAUCCUUCUGGCUCUACUCGAACUCUACCCGAGAAAACCCCAUACUGCUAGAUCCCCUGGACCUCAAUCCCUGGGACUUCCAACCGCCGAAGCCGCUCAAGAUCCUCAUCCAUGGCUACACAGGCUACCGUGAUUUUGCACCCAAUUCCAUGAUCCGCCCCGUACUUCUGCAUAACGAGGACGUCUACGUGAUCUCCAUUGACUAUGGGCCACUGGUGCGAUAUCCCUGCUACAUCCAGGCGGUGCAGAAUCUUCCCCUAGUGAGUCAAUGCCUGGCGCAGUUGAUCAACAAUUUGGUGGAUCGUGGAAUAGUGCCGAACGAUAAGAUCCACCUGAUUGGCUUUAGUUUGGGUGGCCAGGUGGCUGGUCAGACGGCCAACUAUCUGAAGAGAAAGCUGAAGAGGAUUACGGGUCUGGAUCCUGCAAAGCCCCUCUUUAUCCUGGGUCCAGACUCAAGACGAUUGGAUCCCGGUGAUGCCGAGUUUGUGGACGUCAUUCAUACGGAUGUUUUCGGUCGUGGGAUUCUGAGAGCCUCGGGUCAUGUGGAUUUCUAUCCCAAUUUCGGGGCCCAACAACCCGGCUGCAUGGAGGAGAAUAUGCAGGAUCCUGGGAGCUGCAAUCAUGAGCGAGCUCCUCGCUUCUAUGCCGAGUCCAUCAACUCCACCGUGGGUUUCUGGGGACGCCAGUGUUCCAGUUGGUUGGUCCAUCUCCUUGGACUUUGUCCCACAACCGGACCUCAGGCGGAAAUGGGCUAUCAUGUUUCGGAGGACCUGAGAGGUUCUUAUUUCCUCAAAACCAGAAGUACGUCGCCCUUUGCUUUGGGCAAACUGGAGGAUGUGGACAAUAGUCACACCCUGGCCAAAUUCCAUCUGAAUGGGGAGAACAAUGAAAUCGACGAUGACUAUGAGCCGCAGCUAUUGGAGGCGUUUCUCGAAUUGGACGCGGUGAAAGCUAUUGUUAAAAUGGAUGAAGCCGAUUUAGAUAAGCAAUUAAACUGGAUCGAUCGCGAAGAAGAUCAGCCUUUGUCUAGAAAUAUUAUUAAAUAA